ACAGUAGACGGUCGACAGCCAAAUCGUACGCGGUACCUUCGACGUAUAGUAUUCAAUUACACGCCACGGCGACACGACUGUUUGUAUGUACCUAUUGCAGUAUUACAGUUUUAAAACAAUUUUUAAUGUAACACCGAAAAUACUAAUUGUAUAAUAUAUUAAAAUAAUUGCCCAUCUGGUUAGGAGCUUGACGUUGAUAUUUAAAUAAACACCGCAUUCAAUACAAAACAGGGACGACGAGAAAACGCAUUUAACAUCCAAACGAAUGAAUGUGUAUAGUGUAGAGUAUAAUACAAUUAUCGAAAGAAAAUGGUACAUAGAUGUAUUCACAUUGCUAUUUGGCGUUGGAGCCUGGAUACUGGUCAACAGUUUGUUUACUCAACUGCCAUCGCUAGUUCAGACUGCUCCCGAAGGAUGGAAUUUACCGUCUUAUCUAUCGAUAAUAAUACAGAUUGGUAAUUUGGGACCGUUGUUGUACAGCAUUUGGCGCAAAUACUUUGAAAACAGAUAUGACAGACCGCUGACGUUAUUCAUGCUGGUUUUGGGUGUAGCCUCGAUUUUCCUUAUGGCCGGCUAUUAUAAAAUCACAAAACUAGUAUUUGGCGAACCGCACAGUGUAUUUUUGUUUGUGCUGACAUUCUUCAUAGCUCUAGUGGGCUGCACCAGUUCAGUUCUGUUCAUACCAUCACUAAGCCAGUUCCAAGACGUGUAUUUAGUCACUUAUAUGAUCGGUGAAGGUUUGAGUGGAUUUUUACCAAGCAUUAUUGCAAUUGCUCAAGGAGUGGGCACAACGUCUUGUGCUACAAUUAUAAAAAACGGUCAUACUAUUACUACCAAAGAAGUGACAAACGCUCGUUUUUCUAGCCAAAUUUUUUUUAUAAUAAUCGGUGUCCUAAUGUUUGCAAGCACAGUAUCGUAUAUUUGCCUUGAAUAUUUACCAGUUUGCAAAAAAGAAAAAUUACAAAUAAAAAAAUCACAAAAUUUGGAAACCGAAAGCAAUUUGAAUACAAUCAAAAGCUCAAAUAUAGUACUGUUAAUCAUACAAGGAGCAAUUGUUUUUUUUGCAAACGGUUUAAUGCCCAGUUUUCAAUCGUAUUCGUGCUUGCCAUAUGGUUAUUUAACGUACCAUCUGGCGGCAAAUCUAUCGAACAUAAUGAACCCAAUUGCAUGCUUUAUAGCAUUUUACACGAAUCUGAAAUCUAGAAAUGUCAUACACGUGUUGAGUGCCAUUUGUAAAAUAUGUACAAUAUACUUGGUGAUUACUGCGUUUGCAAGCCCCACACCACCUUUGUAUAAUACAACUGCCGGAAUGAUAAUUAUUGUUUUGUUAUGGGUCGUCUACUUUGGAUGUGCUUCUUAUAUCAAAUUGUCAAUAGCGGCAGUGUUACGCAAACAAGGCAACAAAGGCUUAUUCUACUAUGGCUGUGUCACUCAAUUUGGAUCAGCUACGGGAGCACUGGCAGCAUUUUACAUAAUUAAUAUUGCAAAAUUAUUAAAUUCAUACGAUCCGUGUUCGAGUACUUGAUAUUCAACAAAGUGUUUUUUAAAUGAACAAUUAUUCGACUAAAACUUGUGAUAAAUAUUUAUUGUUAAAUCUUUAAUACGAUAUAUACAUACAUAUAUUGUUGUAA